AUGUCACAAAAGAACAACUAUGACUAUGACAGCCCGGACUUAUGGGCGCGAAUGAAAUUGACACGUGAUAGUGUAUCAAGCGCCUCGAUUUCCAAUAAAUACCGGUCUCCUGGAUACCGGCCUUCGCAACGACGAUGUGCCGAGAAUAACAGUUGCACUUCACCUCUGCGCAAUCCGGUGAGUCCGAGUCAGGCUGGAAAGAUGCAAGCGACUGUCAUCAGAUCGACAAAUAGCACUGCAGUCACAGUCACUCGUAAAGCACACAAGGCGAUCGCCACGGCGAUUCCCAAGUGUUGUAAAGCACCUGAGCCGGUUGUGGCCACUAGCCGAUCGCCUUUACAUGAAAACAAACCCCCCUCAUCCCCCAAAAUCUCUUCCAAGAUCACGGUCAAGCUACCUGAGCCACUGAGCAGAUUGUGUGACAGUUCUCACGUAUCGCCAUCCAGAUCUACACCAUCCCCCUACAUCCCACCGCACAUAAGACAACACCAAUAUCAAAAUCCCGACCAGCGCCUCCUCCCUAGAAACAAAGGAGGUCAAGGGACUGAGCAGAAGAAUAGGAGAAACACUGCACGUCCUUCUCACCCUCCUCUCAUCUCACACGCCGCAAAAGCACCUCAGAGGCCAAGUCAGUUAACAUUCACUCGAAAUACUCCGUCUGGCUCGCCACAUCAGCUUGCUCUAUUUGCUGAUAAGGGAAAAAUGUCGUCCAGUGGUGACUCGGAUUAUGUCGUUCUGCGUAAUCCCAGAGCUGAAACAUUGCAGCCUCAAAAUCAGGAUGCCCCAGGACAGACUGGAAUAGAGGGCGGUGGCGGUACCCCUCUUGGGGGCAGCAUUCACCAGCCAGCGCGGUCCCCUUCCGAGGAGAAGCAGCCUACUACCCGUGCUGAGCUGCGAGCAGAGAUCAAAAGAUUACAAAAGGAGGAACUUGCGAAGAUUUAUCAAAAUCUAUACAAGGAGGAGGUCGAAACGGCUGAUGCUGAAGUAGUAGCCAAAUGCCGUGACGGCCCCGGCGUGGACCCAAAGUCGGAGGUCUAUAAGGAAAUCGAGGGAUAUCGACGUGUGCGUCCAAUGGAAGAAGUCGACCUGAACGUCGCGGCGCUCUCUAUAGUCAAUGACCUGGAUGACAAACCAGAGGAUGACCGCCUCGACAACCUCGAGCAGAUUCGUAACAGCUUCAUCGACGGCGAUCGUCUGGCUCCACUGUGGGAUGCAUACGAAAGGCAGACUUUCAUUUACCCUAACGUCAUUAACAACCAAGUGACACUGUCUCCUAAGCCGACUGAGGCGCAGACCACCUUGCAAGCCAAGUUUCAGAAACCAGAGGCCCAUCCGUAUGCCUCGCGAGGUAAACCCCCUACUUUCCCGCCCAGCGCAUAUACGAAAUGGCGAAAGUAUGACCACUUAUGUGAUUGGUGGUGGGCCCCUCCUAUGCUUCCGUUUUACGAUCAAUGGCUUCAAAAAUUCCGUUUUUGGCUCGACGAGACAAUUCAGGAUGCCUGCUACGCAGACAUUUACCACAAGGGCUAUUUUGAUGGCACCGCCCAUCCAGAUGGUGUUAGAACAUUUAUCGUCCCGAAUCUACCAAAGGCUACCACAAUCCUCAAUCCCAACGAUGAGCUAGCCCAUAGACACAGACACGAGACGGCAGCAGGUCUCAGCUACAACUAUGUCAUGCACAAAAAAGCCGAAGCAGAGCUAGAGGAGCAGAAACUAGCUUUGUCGCGCCGCAUGCAACUUGAAUGCAUGGCCACCUUGCCGCCAAAUCCCAACGCGCCAAGGGCAAACAUUUAUCUCAGACCGGCACACGCAGGAGACGCCAAUCAACUCCUCCCCAUUUACAACUGGUACGCCCAGAACUCCUUCGUGAGCGUCGACAUCGGAAAGUUGGAGCCAGGGGACAUCCGGCAGCGCAUCCAAGCCGCCAAAGACGCCCGCCUUCCCUUUAUCGUUGCCGUGGAGCGCGGUUCAGGCAACCAGAGAGAGAAUAUCUUUGGCUACGCCACUGCUAAAGACUACACCGGUUCGGAAACCAGUGGUAGAUACACCGCCGAGUUGGAGUUAUUCGUCAUCCCAGAGCAACAGCGCAAAGGCAUCGGAAAUUGUCUUAUGGACAAGCUCUUGCAGGUAUGUGAUGGAAAUCACAGAACUAAGGGCGGUUAUGAUUUCUACAACCAUGGUCUCUGUGGGUACAGCCUGGGCGGACGCCGCGAGUUCGCUCGACUGAUUUUCACAUUCACAUACGUUCCUGAGGAACGCCAGUCGAAGAGUUGGGUCAGGGAUUGGCUGGCCAAGAACAACUUUGAAUUACAAGGACGCUUGUGCGGAGUCCGUGCAAAGAACGAAAGACUUCUUGACGUUGCGUACUUUGUGAAGAACAACAUCUUCGCACUUCCAUACCGAUAG